ACAAAAGAGGAGAUGUUGGCAUCCUAAAGGACGUUAAUGUGGACACGUUCCCAGAACUUGACCAAGUGUAUCCUGAGAAAUUUGAGGGAAGGUAGAGAACAUAAGAAAUAGGAGCAGGAGUCGGCCAUCUGGCUCGUCCAGCCUGCUCCGCCAUUCAGUAAGAUCCUUAUUGACUUGACCAUGGCUCAUUUUACCUACCUGCCUUUUCCCCAUCACUCUUAAAUUGCAGAGGUCCUGAGAGAGAGAUAUGUCAUUAUUAGUCACUGGCGAACUAACAGAAGACCAGAGGAUGGCUAAUAUUGUGCCUUUAUUUAUGAAGGGCUGUAACAACAGGCAGGUGAGCCUAACAACUGUGGUGUGAAAGUGACUGGAGGGAGUUCCAAAAGACAGAACCUACCUGUAUUUUGGAAAGAAGUGAUUAGGGAUAGCCAGGAUGGCUUUGUGUGUGGGAAAUCGUAUCUCACAUAUUUGAGUUUUUUGGAGAGGUAACAAAGAGGAUUGACGAGGGCAGGGCAGUGGACUUCAGCAAGGCUUUUGACAAGGUCCUGAAGAUGAGGUUACAUGGGGUCCAGGGUGCAUCCAAAAUUGGUUUGGUGGUAGGAGACGAAGGGUGGAUUUUUAACUUGGGGGCCUGUGUCCCAGGGAUUGUUGCUGGGUCCAAUGUCAUUCGUCAACUACGUCAAUGAUUUGGUUGCUACUGUGGUUAUCUAAAGUACGAAGGGAUUGAGAUGAGCCUGCAAAGCAGGCCUGAGUAUAGCAAAUGGACUUUAACUCUUUUUUAAUUUAUUGAGAUGGAGCAUGGAAUGGACCCCUCCAGCCCAAUGACCUGCACUGCCAGGCAGCCCAUCUAUUUAACCCUAACCUAACCACAGGGCAAUUUACAAUGACCAAUUCACCCACUAACCUGUAUGUCUUUGGACUGCAGGAGGAAACCAGGGAACCCAGAGGAAACCCGUGCACUCAUGGGGAGAACGUACAGACAGUGCGGGAGAUGAACCCUGAACUCCAGAGCUGUAAUGGCACUAUGCUAACCACUACGAGAAGAUUGAAAUGUCAGGGCAUGACUCGCACAGUAAAUGGUAGUGGCCAGGAGACUGAUGUAGAGCAGGGGUACCUAGUUCCCUAAAAUUGGGGGCACAUGUGGACAGGAUGGUGAAGUAAGCACUUGGUAAGUUUAUCUUCAGCAGUACAAGAGUUGGCAUGUCAUGUUACAGCUGUACAAGACAUUCGUGAGACUAUUCUUGGAGUUCUGUGUGCAGUCCUGCUCGCCCAGCCACGUGAUUAAGCCGGAAAAGGUGCAGUAAAUAUUCGGCAGGAUCUGCAAUUACAAGGAGAGACUGAAUAGCCUGGGACUGUUUUCCUCGAAGGGCUGAGGGGUGAUCUUACAGAGAUUUAUAAAAUCAUGAGGGGCAUGGAUGCGGUGACUGGUCACACUCUUUUGCCAGGGUUGGGGAGUCUAAAACAACAUAGAAUAUAACACAGGAGCAUGCCCUUCAGCCCAUCCUGUCUGUGCUGACCAUGACGUCAAAUUAAGUUCAUGUUUUUCCUUGUACAUGAUUCAUAUCCCCCCAUUGAGAGUGAGAGUAAUGAAGUCAUGAUGCAGCUUUGUAAAACUAUGGUCAGGCUGCACUUGCUACUGUGUGCGUUACCAGUCACUGCAUUACAGGAAGGACGUGGAAACUUUGGAGAGGGGGCAAAGGAGGUUUAAUAGGAUGUUACCUGUAUGAGAGGGUACGCACUACAAGGAGAAGUUGGACAAACUUGGGUUGUUUCCUCUGAGUGUCCGAUAUCUUCAAAUGAGGACUGAGUCAUCAAAUGAUAGGGUAUUACUCUUACAUUCAGUGAGUAAACCAACAAAGACAAGCACGUUGUACACCACCCUUACCACAGCAUCUACUUACAUGGCCACUUUCAGGGAGCUGUGAACUUGGACCCCAAGUUUUCACUGUACGUCAGUCCUGCAAUUUAUUGUACUUUACCCUGACAUUUGACCUCUCAAUGUGCAACACCUCACACUUGGCCAGAUUAAACUCCAUCUCUCCACCCAUGAUCUACAUCCUCAGGCAAUCUUCUACUUUGUCUGCUCCACCGCCAGUCUUUGUAUCACCUGUAAACUUAUUAAUGCACCCACCUAUAUUUUCCUCCAAGUCAUUGGUAUCUAUAUAUCACAGACAACAGAGGUUCCAGCACUGAUCCCUGUAGAAUACCACAGGGCAAGGACUUCCAAACAAAAUAAAACCGCUUUCAAAUCUCGUACUAGCUCUUCUUUCAGUUAGUCCUGAUGAAGGGUCUUGGCCCGAAACGUCGACUGUACCUCUUCCUAGAGAUGUUGCCUGGCCUGCUGCGUUCACCAGCACUUUGUGCAUGUGGCUGUCCACUCUACCACUACCUUUUUGUCUUUGUCACUGAUGACUCCAAACUACCGAAUCACUGUGGCGUUAAUAAAAUGUAUUAAUCUGUGCAGUGCAGUUGGUGUGGACCUCAGUCAGUCCGUGGGCAAGAUUCCGCAUGGGAAACUGAUUGAAAAGGUUACCUCCUGGGAUCCUGGGAGAGUUGGCAAACUGGACCAGAAAUUGGUUUGGUAAUAAAAGGCAGUGGAUGAUGGUGGAGAGUUGUUCUGUGAUUGGAAGCCCGUGACCAUCAGUGAGCCUCAGGGAUCAGUCCUGGGACCUUUACAUUUUGUUACUUAGAUUAAUGAUCUGGGAGUGAAGGACUAUCAAAAUCUGGUUUAUCUUCACUGCCACGUCAUGGGGCUUAUUGCUUUUUGGCAGCCAUAGCACCAUUUCUAUGUGCAAGUUUAAAAAUAAAUAAAAGGAAUAGCAAGCUAGUCUUUAUGGAUAAUUCAGAAAUCUGACAACACAGGCAAAGAAGCUGCUCCUCAGACACUGAGUGUGAGUUUUCAGUCUCUUGUACCUCCUCCCUGAUGGUAGUAACAAGAGGAAAUCACGUCCUGGAUGGCAAGGGUCCUUAAUGAUGAAUGCUACCUUCUCGUAAAAGUAGUGGAUACAGCGGGCAAAUCUCUUCCCACCAUUUGAGCACAUUUACAAGGAGCGUUGUCACAGGAAAGCAAUAUCCAUUGUCAGGGACCCCCACCAUGCAAACCAUGCUCUCUUCUCACCGCUGCCAUCAGGAAGGAGGUACAGGAGCUUCAGGACCCACACCACCAGGUUCAGGAACUGUUGUUACCCCUCAAUCAUCAAGCUCUUGAACCAGAGGGGGACGACUUCACUCAUCCCAAGACUGAACUGUUCUCACAACCUAUGCAUUCACUUUCAAGGACUCUUCAUCUCAUGUUCUCAAUAUUUAUUGCUUACUAUUAUUAUUAUUAUUGUUUGUUUUUUACUUUUUGUAUUUGCAGUUUGUUGUCUUGUGUAGAUUGGUUGUUCAUCCAUCUUGUGUGUACAGUCUUCAUUGAUUCUAUCGUGUUUUGUAUUUCCCGGUUUAUAUUUUUACUGUUAUGCUGUAUGUAUAUCAUUCUGGCAGCUCUGUAAGAGCAGUCUGUUCUGUUUUCAUGCUUGUUUGGGAUACUGUUGAAGAACAGAGAGAGGAGAAAUGUGUGCCAUCCAAUUAGAACGGUCAGAUUAGGGGGAGGUUUCUCUGGUGAGGGACACUAAGGUUGGGCUUCAGGCAUUUGUUCAAGAUGGAUUGGGAGUGACAUUUGGAAGGUGGUGUGUGCUUUCACGUUGACCGAGGGCCCAGUGCGUGAGUGACAGAGAAGUUCCAGAUGAGCUCCAACUAGUGCACAUUUGACUGUUUAAUUAGAAUGGGCCCUUUUCUGUUUGUUAUUCUUUACUAACCCUUUAGUUAAGAUUCAUAAAUAUAAUUCCUUUAAUCGUAUGCUGUGUACUGUCUGUUAUUUCGCGGCAUUAAUUUGUGACAGGGUAGUAAGUGACACAGCAUCCACACAAACCGAGGCUUGGGGUGGGAUCGAGCUGUCUCAAUCUAUUGAGUUUGGCUGGGUCGGAGGUUGUUUCCCCCGACUUACGCAGCCAAGGAAACCAGGGUGUUUCAUGUGAAUGCCCGCAAGACAAUGAAUCUUGGGGUAGUAUCUGAUGACAUACUGUUUAUGUACUUUGACAAUAAAUUUACUUUUAAGUACUGCCUCUUGCAGAUGUCCUCGAUGGUGAAGUUGGUUGUACCUGUGAUGAGGCUGCCUCAGUCUCCAUUCUUGCAGAUGUCCUCGAUGGUGGUGAUGCUGACAGUGUGGAGGACAGUUGUACACUAGAGAUGUCACUAUUGGAAGGAUCUGGCAAUGGGAUUUAAUCCGGGCUGCUGAUGUCCGUGGACAGAGGGAAGGAGCGGGUGGUGGCGCUGGUGGACAUGGAUUGCUUUUACGUGCAGGUGGAACAGAAGGCCAACCCUGAGAUGAGGGGCAAACCCUGUGCGGUGGUCCAGUACAAGACUUGGCAGGGCGGUGGGAUUAUUGCUGUCAGCUACGAAGCUCGGGCCUAUGGAGUGAAGAGAGGCAUGAGGGGUGUGGAAGCCACUAAGAAGUGCCCUGGCCUGUUGCUGGCUCGGAUCCCAGAGGCACACGGCAAGGCUGACCUCAGCAAGUACCGCCAGGCCAGUGGGGAGGUGGUGGCAGUGAUGUCGCGGUUUGCUGUGAUCGAGCGGGCCAGCAUUGACGAGGUUUACGCCGAUCUCACCACUGAAGCCCAGCGUCUCCUCCAGCAGCCGGGGGCGCUGGAACAGGUGGGGGCUGAGGCUCAGCUCCAGAGCACCUUCGUGGAGGGCUUCCCCCGACACAGGGACUCCUCAGUGGAACAGGACGCAGGCCGGAACAGAGAGGAGGUGCGGCAGGAGGGGUUGCAGGCCUGGUUGGAUUUGCUGCCCUGGGACAUGGGCCAGAAUAGCCCCGAGCUCCUGCUCACUGCUGGUGCAGUCAUCGUGGAACGGAUGCGGGCAGCUGUGGAGGCAGAAACCGGAUACAGAUGUUCAGCCGGAAUCUCACACAACAAGGUUUUGGCCAAGUUAAGCUGUGGUGUGAACAAACCAAACCGUCAGACGCUGCUGCCCCUGGGCUCGGUGGACCAGCUCUUCGAUACUCUGCCCAUCGGCAAGAUCCGUAACCUCGGUGGCAAGUUGGGAGACUCCAUCUCGCAGCUGCUGAACAUUGAGUACAUGGGGCAGCUCCGCGCCUUCCCUGAGGCACAGCUCCAAGCAAAGUUUGGGGAGAAAAUCGGGAGCUGGCUUUUUGACCUGUGCCGGGGACGCGACUUUGAACCGGUGAGGCCCCGACACCUCCCGAAAUCCAUCGGAUGCAGCAAGAAUUUCCUGGGCAAGGAGGCCCUUGGCACCUGUGAACAGGUGCAAUUUUGGCUGCUGCAGUUGUCGACAGAGCUACAAGAGAGGCUGCAGCAGGAUCAGCAACAGAACAGACGAGUGGCACGGCAGCUGGCAGUGGGCGUGCAUAGUCUGGAUGGCACCUUUCAAAGGUGCUGCCCCCUGUCCAGGCAGGAUGCCCCCACGAUUGCCCAGGACGCUCUCCGAGUCAUCAAGGUCUUCAACACAGCUGGGGCCCAGGGGGGAGUUUGGUCUCCAGCCCUGCUCGCUCUCAAUCUGUCUGCACGGAACUUCUUGCCUUGCCCAGCAGCCUCCGGCCCCAGUAUCGCCCACUUCCUGAGCCGUUCCAAUCACCGGCCAGUGCCUGACGUCCAGUCCCCAGCGACAGGCAGCCCAGCCAAGCACAGAGCCGGCACCAUCACUCACUUCUUCCAGCAGGCAGUGCCCCAGCCCCAACCCUGCCCCAGCAGUCAUGAUCUCAAGCCCAAACACUCGCCAUUCCAGCCCCUGCCCCUCUCCAACCCUUCACCCUGCCACUCCCCCACACCACCCCACAUUGGUGGGGACAGUGACCACGUGAAGCCUGCACCGGCUGACCAACCCAGCACAUCGUUCUUCAAACGGAAAUCUCUUGACUAUUCACCUGUAAAGCCUCCAUCACAGCCCCCCAUCUCCCCAUCAGCUAGCGGCUUGCCCCCUGAAGCACUGGUGCACUGUGGGAGGUGUGGGAAGUCCACUCUCCCUUGGGAAGUGGCAGAGCAUGAGGAUUUCCACUUUGCCCUCGACCUCCAGCAAUCCCUCGCGGCCUCCCCAUUUCCCUCAGACCCUCAAACCCCCACCAGCCCCUCGGUCCCUCGGUCCCCCUCAAGUCGACUGAAGAAGGCAGCUCUGCCGGGGCCUGCCGGGAAACGAGCUCGCACAGCCAUCAAGACAUUGGACUGGUAUUUUCGGAAAGCUCCAUCCUAGUGCCUGUGGUAUGAUGCAAGGGGCAGGUCCCCAGAUUCCUAAUGUAUUAGAAAUGAUCAUUUUUUUAAAACUUCAGAUGUGGCUAAAAUAAAGUUUUGUAUUUUGUUAUAUAACAUCUCCACAGUUCAGUGAUUGACUUUGUGGGAUCUUCGUGAGCUGGCUCCCUUUGUGUAGUGUGAAUCCAAGCAGAAGGUUCUUCCCCUUUGUCCACUGACCAGUUGCAG